AUGUCGAAGGCACUUGGGACGUUCCGAGCCGUCUACCUCGUAGCUCUUUGCUGCGUAGGCUCCUUCCUCUUUGCAUACGACACUGGCAUCAUCGGCGGAAUUCUCACCUUUGAAGGGUUUCAAACCGACUUUCGAUACGGCCCAUCACAGAAGGCAAAUGUCGGCUCUAACUCUACGAGCUUGCUGCAGGCAGGUGCUUUCUUCUCCUGUUUCUUCAUCUGGCCCUUCACCGCGAAGUACGGCCGAAGAUGGUCCAUCAUCCUCGCGUCGACAAUUUUCUGCAUCGGCGCUGUGGUCCAAACGAUCAACACCCACUCACUCGCCGCAUUCUACGUAGCCCGAGUCAUCAGCGGCGUCGGCGUCGGCAUGGCCACCGUUGUCAUUCCCAUGUACUCGGCCGAGAUGGCGCCCAAGAACAUUCGAGGCAUGCUCGGUAGCAUGUUCCAGUUCUUCUUCACAAUGGGCGUUAUGACGAGUUACUGGAUCGACUAUGGGGUUAGCAAGCACCUCAAACCUUCGACGAAGCAAUGGCAAAUUCCCGUCGGACUCCAACUUGUACCUGGUGCGAUUCCGGGCCUGGCCCUGCAAUCCCUUGUGUGGGUGCGUGGUGGCGAGAACACGCCUGAGGUUCAGCAGGAGUUCGCUGAGAUCAUCGCCACCAUCGAGGAGGAGGAAAGCCAGAAGGAGGGUCUGACAUGGAGGGAAUUGGUUCAGCCAACCAACCGUCACCGUAUUCUCCUCAUCAUCGCUCUUCAGAUUGGUGUCCAACUCACCCGCAAUACCUCUUUGGCUCAUUAUGCACCCCAGGUCUUUGCCGCUGUCGGCGCCGGCCAAGAUAACCUCCUGAUUACCGGCUUCUUUGGCGUCGUCAAAGUAGUUUCAUGUCUUUUCUACCUCCUCUUCCUCGUUGAGCGCAUGGGUCGCAGAGGCUCACUCCUAGCCGGUGCUUUCCUCAUGGGAGCGUACAUGCUCAUCAUCGCGUGUCUCACAGCCACCAACCCACCAAAGUCCGUUGACCUGGGUCUGACUUCUACUGCCAUCGCAUCAAUGACGAUGAUCUACCUGGAAGCCAUGUCUUACAACAUUUCGUGGGGCCCAGCGCCUUGGGUUUACAUAGGCGAGAUAUUUCCAUCCCGUAUCCGCGAAGCAGGCAUCGCCAUCGGAACAUCCACGCAAUGGCUGUUCAACUUCGUCUUCUCGCAAGCCACGCCACAUGCCGUUCAGAACCUCGGCUGGAAGACCUUCCUCAUGUUCUGCAUUUUCAACUGGGCUCUUGUUGUGAUACCCUCAAUCUGA